GUUUACAUCUACCUCAUCAUACGACUACUGUCGGCGAUGGAUCAUCAGAAACCAUAGCAAGCGCACGCUCCUUACUCUUCGAUCCCUCCGCUCCUUGCUUCCCCUUUUCGAAACCACCAUCUUGCUUAGAUAGUCUCGCGUCUGGCCAAUGCCUCGGUGGCUUCGCUGGCCUCGCAACAUGGCACCAACUCCAUCUACCCAGCAUACAUCCACCGCAUCGGCGUCGACGUCAUCAUGGCAGAUGAUGCCAGCAGCGCCAGCAUCCACGUCAAUCACAGGACACCACGUAAGAGCCCGCAUGGCAGAGAAAGCCAACCAAUCUCGUGAUUACUGGACCACAGUGAAGCAGCGAGCCUCCGACCUCAAGCAGCAGGCUGGUCCUCAAGCUCGGACUCUGAAGCACAGCUUUUCCACUUCGCUCCUCAACAGCAAUAACAUCGCCACCUCUAGUUCCUCAGCAUCUUCCUCCUCUUCCUCAGCCGCAGCUACCCGCUCCUCUUCCCCUCCUUCCCGAGAUCGCGUCUUCCCUGUCCUGCUCCCCGGCUACACAUUCGCCCGCCCACCCAACUACGACCCAGCAGCAGAGGACGAACUCCAUCUCGUGCUGCGAGGCUUCGUCGGCCGGAAAUCAGCUACCCCUGGACGGGGACAGCGAAUGUUCGCCCUAAUGGCACGACAGCUUGCCCGCCUACCCAAACCACUCGCCGCUUCCUCGACUUCGUUGCUUCUGCACCCGCGACCCUCGUCAACGGAUGAUGCCAACUUUUGGCCAGGUGUACCCACGGGUAGUGUAGCUGAUGCGGGCCAUGUGGCAGCCGAUAAGGAAAAGCUGCCCCUCAGCGAGAGGAUUGUCGAGGAGGUGGCUGACCGACUGGACGAGAGAACCAUCGGCAAACUGGUAGAGAAGAUGGGGGCUCUGCCCAUUGAUGGAGAAGGCGGGGUGCAUGAUGAACCGGAGGGGAUGGACGAGAGCGAUUCGAGAAGCGGAUCGGGGGCUACGACGCCUGCUAUGCCUCCUCAUACUCAGGGACGCCCGCUGCCGCAGCUACGUGUCCAGUCCAAAGAUCUGGAAGCUGAUUUGCGCGAGUCCGUAGGAGGAGACAAUUAUCCAGCUUCCCCUGAGACGAUGCGCUCCCAGUCUUCGUCAGCCACCGAUGCGUCUACGCUUGCGUCUACCGCAACGUCUUCAUCCUCGCAGCCGGGCAGCUUUCGCGAGCCGCCAACUCGUUCCUCAACAGCAGAGUCAGGCAAGGUCCCUCAACCUGAGCCCACACGUACACUCCGUCCUAUGCUGGAGUCCUCCAAGUCGUCAACCGCAGUGCCCCCCUCCCGUCUCUCACGCUUGCGCGGUCUUACCCCACUCUCCUCAAGCUCUCUCGCCUCUACACGAUCAGCCCCGAUGAGCAACAGCGGCGUCGAUGCUUCAUCAGCAGCAGCCGACUCACAGCUGGUGGGUGGCUCAGACUUUUGGGCAAAGAGGACACUUGACGAGAUCCACGCCCUCACUGCCAACUUGAGCGAGCGACUUGCAGACUUUUGGAUCUAUCGCGUUGCGGCAUCGGAGGUGAGAGUGGAGGUUGAGGGAUGGUUCAGCGCCGAUCAAGAGGGGGAGAAGGAGGGCGACUGGCGUAUGCUUCUCGCUCAGGAGCUGAAAAGCGAUGCGCACGGCAUGUUUCGACUCAAGGUCAACAUUGGUCCCGUGGGCGUCUUUGGGGACGAGCUGCGUAGAUUGAGAUGCAGGGCCGUUUUGGCAGGCAACACGCAAGAUGCUCCAGCUACAGAUUGGGUCCCCCUCGAUCUACCGGCGUGGCGGGGCCCUCCUCUCCCACAUGAUGAAGCUCCGGCGCGACCUGCGACUCCCUCAAUUCGUCUCAUUUCAGACGUAGAUGACACGGUCCGUCAAACCCUCGUCACCUCGGGCCUCAAAUCCGUCUUUCGUCAAGUAUUCGUCCUGCCCCACGACGAGGUCGCCGUUCCCGGGAUGGCGGAGUGGUAUCGCUGGCUCAAGGGGCCGGGCGCACCUGAUGGGGCGGCUGGCGAGAGCGAGGCGACCAUGGACACCAAGGAAGAGGUACAAACGACGUCUUCGCCGCUCAUUGAUGGCCUUCACUUCGUGAGCAACGCACCCCUCGAGCUCUGGCGUCCUGUAACAGACUUUCUACGCGCAGCUGGUAUGCCGGACGGGGCUCAUGUGCAUCUCAAGUCGUACAACUCGGACGUCGAGGCUUCGACUUCCAACACCGCCGGCGCUUCCAAUGGCAACACGUCAGAUUCAGCCUCUGCAACACCCGCAGCAACAGCGCCCAAGACUUCUCUCCUAUCCACUUGGUUGCAGCCCGCCUCGUCGAGGAAGCGCGCUGCAAUUGUGAAUAUUCUGGAUGACUUCCCGAAAAGCUUGUUUCUCCUCGUUGGAGACACUGGAGAGUUGGACCUGGAGCUGUACGCUGAGCUGGCGAAGGAGCGACCUGGGCAGGUGAAGGGAUUGUAUCUGAGGGACGUCAGCUCACCCUACACUGCGACUGCCGCCGCAUCGACGGGACGAGGCAGGGGAGGAGUGGAGGGAGAGGAGGAAGGUGAUGUGUUAGAGCCAAAGAGCAGGAGUAGCGCUGCCUUGAAGCCCGCGGUGGAUUGGGUCAAAGCCAAACGCCCUGCGAACCAGAGAGCCAUGACAAUGGACGGAGUCAUGCUCUCCGGCGUGACUCCCUCAUCUGCCGCCGCCAAUGAUGCAAGCUACACCAGUUCCGGCGGCAACAGUGCCCCUUCCUCCCCCCGCCUCUUGGCUCGGAUGCGCGGGCCGAGUCGAAGGGACACGCUCGACUUGGAGAGCAUUGCUCCUCUUGGUCCAUCUGCUACCAGCGUAUCGCCGAGUGGCUCUGCGUCUCCAACGAAAACUGGUAGUGCCGUUGCAGGGAACAUCUCGCCUGCUCUGCAGACCAGACUGAUCAAGGCGAAAGCCAUGAUUCCUCCGGGAUGCGAGUUGAAGCUCUUUCGCUCGGGCGACGAUGUGAGGGUGGAGAGUGGGAGGUUGAUUAGGAGGUUGAGGGCAGAGGCGACUGCAAAGGCGACGUGAUGAUGUAGAUGUGUCAGCGAGGUAGUGAGGAUGCUAGUCACGAUACGACGAGGAAGUUUUUGUAGCAUAGCUAUCAAGCAAAAUCGAACGAAAAGGACAUGGUGAUU